AACACCAACGUCUGUCCAGAAGUUUAACUGUUUGUCUGUUUUCAUUGAAACGCUUCGCUGCUUCGAGGAACAAAAACAGCAGCAGGUUGGUUUGAUCCGUCAGUGGACGAUGGAGUCUCUGCACAUCUGGGUGAUCCUUCUCGCUCUCAGUGGUUUUCAGGAGCCUGUUCUCACCAUGCCAACCUCAACCCUUUGGGUCAGAGCCGGUGAAAAUGCCACCCUGUAUUGCCCCCUGCUGGACGCUCCGCAGCACACCAAGUCCUCCCCCACCGCCUCCAUCAUCAGCUGGUACAGGACGGCUGCGGGUCAGGGGCCUCAAAUGCUGCUGACGGUGGGGCCCUCUAGCACCCCUAACGUGAAGUACGGAGCGGGAGUGCGUCCAGAGAAGGUGUCCGCGGGGGUCAACGGGUCACUGAUGCUGAGCGGCUUCCAGCAGAACGACUCUGCUGUUUAUUUCUGCGGGAUGAGCCAUGGAACCAAGCCGGAGAAGAAAGCAAACGCUCGGAGCCACAGAGGACAUUAGAGCUCCUGCUCCUCAGUUUCUUUCUUUUUAUCUAUGACCACACAUCUGUCGUAAAAUGAUUAAAGUUUGCUCUUAAAGUGGAUUGGUAUUGAUGUUUGUUUACUGCAGAGUUACGGCAAAAGUCACACACAUGCAGUUUAUUAUAAUAGGACAGCAAGUCUACUAUAGUCCAUGUACUGUACAUUUAAUGAAGGAAGUAUACUAACUGAAUACUCCUUCAGACUCAAUUAGAACAUUCUAACUUUAAUGCAUGUAUAGACUAAGUCUGGGUCCAUUUAGUUUAGUUCCUAACCAACCAAAACUGAAUGAGAGCCAAAAAAUCUGACCUAGAACUGCAGUUCUUCACUCUUGUUCAUUUUGGUUGUUAAGUUUAUACUGGUGGAUAUUGGGAGUAACUGAGGAAGGGAGGGGUGUUAAUUUUGAGUAAUUGUCUUGUUUUGUGUGUAUUUGUUUUUAAAGACUUUGCUUUUUUAAUGUCCUUUUUUCUUUAUUUUAUGUAAAGUGCCUUGUGUUUCAACUGAAUGAAAGGCACUAUAGAAAUGAAUAAAGUUUGAGUUUG